UUUCUUUUUUCUGCCAUGCAUUGCCUCUAAGUCAAUACCCAAUAGACGGCGGGCCUGCCCAGGUAUAGCUGCGAUAUUGUAAAAUCAAUAGAAUAACGUGAAUUUCAAUCAAGCGCAUCUUAAACAACGGUGCUGUCAAUAUAUGUUUUAAGUAACUCUUUCCGGUAUUCUACAUGGUCUAUACAAAUAAAUAAUUCUGUUUAAAAGUAAACCGCUUUGAGCGUACUAUUAUAUUUAAACACAAUUGCUAUUUUUAGAUAGUCAUGUUCAAGCCGGGUAGAUUUUAAGCGGAUGUAAACAAAGCAAUAUUGAUUCAAUAUCCGUUAAUACACGGUCAAGUCUGAUCGCGUAAAAUCUUUUCAGUGAAUUUCAAUAAUAUUAAUGCAUAUAUUAUAGUUGGAAUUUUAAUGGUAUAACAUCACGCUGAUUUUUGAUCGCUUUUUUUAUAAAAAUGCACCGCGUGUUACACUUAACAUCGACUUUGGGUAUAUAAUACAUGUAUAUAACGGCUGUCGUCUGCUAUAUAAAUAUAUAAAUAGUAGACUAUCAAAUGGAUUAAUAAGGUAACUUCAGAAAGCAGAAAAGUUGAACAAAAAGUUGUAAAUGGAGACCUGCGGAUUGGUUGAACAGAAGAGAACAGAAUAAAACAGAAAAGAACAACAUAAAUAUCUUUUAACAGGGCUAUGAUGGAAAAAGUUGACAGAAACAAGCCGACGUUCUUUUUACAACUUCGUCUUCUGCUAUGGAAAAAUUGUAUAACCAAAAGAAGACAUCCGAUAAUAUUUCUUCUCGAAGUUUUCAUACCCCUAACACUGUUUAUUGUAAUUCUGUGUAUCCGCCGCACACAGGUAGCUUACCCAAUCAACGAAGAACAUUACUCACCGAAACCACUUCCCUCUGCGGGGAUUAUACCUGUUCUACAGGCAUUCUGUGGCGAUGACGCGAAUGUAUUCGAGAAAAACAACACCAGAUUGUAUACGUAUUUUGAGAAAUUUCAUGAAGUGUUACAAAAGAAUGGUGAUACUUUGCAAAGUUUACCAACUGACUUUAUAGAUCAGUUAUUGGGGAAACUUGUUCCUGACAGUGGUGUCCUUAAUGUUUCACAGAUUCUUCUUUUAUCAAAAGAAUUUCCCUUUAACUUGUUAAUUGACAGUAUAACAAGUUAUGUUUCAAGCAUACAUGAUUUGCCAAGUUCUGAUGUUGACAAGUUGUGUAGCACAGAUGAUACAACUUCCUCACAAUCUCUGCCAGAAACAUCAAAAAAGAAGAAGAUGAAACAUUUCAAUUCAAUAUGGCAGAAUAUUGAACCUCUAUUAUGCGGAAAAAAUAACGCUGUCGUCACAGACAACAUAAACAACAACACUCGUCAAAAUAACAGUGAAGUCCCUCCACAUCAGGAUAUGGAGAGUUUUGAGAAGAAGAUAGAAAUAUUGACGCAUAUCUUGUACAACAAUCCCAAAAUCCUCUUUGCUCCAAAUAAUACACUUGCCAACAAAAUUAUACAAAAGGUGAAUUCAAGCAUGGCAAUGUACAGUAAUAUAACAUACUAUGCUGAACAGUGGCAGAAGAUGUCUGGAAAUAUUAGUAAACAGAUUUAUAUCUUAAAGAGUGGAGACAUUGCUGGAAUGGAUAAGGAGGAAAUUUCGACAUUGAGUCAAGUGUUCUCAUUUCUGGACAACAUUGCCUGCGCUUGGCUAAACCUGGUGAAAGAUGUAGAUAUGAACUUCUUCACUGGCUUCAGUUCUGAGGAUGAACUAGAAUAUUAUUUCUUAAACAGACAGUUCCAGGAUAAUGUCACCGUUGUGGCAGGGCUGGUUUUCGAGAACUUUAAUGAUCACGUGUACACACUGCCGUCACAUGUCCGCUAUAAGAUCAGACAAAACGCAACAUUAAAUCCGGAAACCAACAAAAUUAGACCACCAUUCUGGUACCCGAGCCCCGGUUCAAAUAAUUUACUCUACUAUGACUUUGGUUUUGUGUGGAUACAGGACCUGGUAGAGAGAGCAAUUAUUGAGAUACAGGUUGGGAAGCCGGUAACCAGACCAGGAACUUUCCUACACAGAAUGCCAUAUCCUUGUUGGCUGUGGGAUGCAUUUAUCUGGCUUAUACAACAUAUAAUACCACUAUGUUUGAUGUUGUCAUGGGUUUAUUCAGUAGCUAUGCUCGUACAGAAAAUUGUCUAUGAAAAGGAGAAGAGAUUAAAAGAGGUAAUGAAGAUGAUGGGCUUAUCAGACAGUGUACACUGGUGGGCGUGGUUUAUAACUGCCGCGGUACAGAUGACUGUUACCGUGGUAACGCUGACGUUAAUGUUAUAUUAUGGACGUGUACUAUCUCAUAGUAAUCCAGUCAUAGUGUUUAUGUUCCUGGAAAUGUUUGCCCUGUCUUCUAUUGCCUUUUCGUUUUUGAUUAGCAGUAUGUUCUCGCGAGCUAAACUUGCUGCAGCAUGUGCGGGUAUAUUUUACUUUAUAACAUACGUACCAUACAUGUAUAUAGCCAUCAGAGAGGAUUUAACGGGGACCAGGAUACCAGCAUACAUUAAAACUAUUGCUGCAAUAUUUCCAACAUCAGCUCUGGGUCUAGGUGGGAAGUAUUUCCUGUUUUAUGAGUUAGAGGGUUCAGGUGUACAGUGGGAGAACCUACAUGUGUCACCACGGGAAUAUGAUAAUUUUAGUCUACAGAUUGUGUUGAUAAUGAUAGCAGUAGACACUGUUUUUUACUUUAUACUGGCCUGGUAUAUAGAGAAUGUAAAUCCAGGAUCUUAUGGUAUACCAAAGCCAUGGUAUUUUCCAUUCACAAGCACUUACUGGUGUGGAACAUCACUUUGGGAAACAUGUAGUUUUAAACGUCUGUUCGGAAUUCAUCGUAGCAGACGUCGUUACAACCUCGUAAAUGAUGAUCCGGAAAAUGAUGAUGUCACUGUUGAUGAUGACUCAGGUAUAUAUUGGUGUGGGUGUAACACAGACUGUAUCUGUACAUUUGAACCGGACCCACGAGACUUGACAAGAGGAGUAGUUGUGAACAACUUGAGAAAGGUAUACAGGAAGGGAGAUAAACCAGCAUUAGACAGUCUGUCUAUGAAGUUGUAUGAGAAUGAGAUCACUGCGUUCCUCGGUCACAAUGGUGCUGGGAAAACAACAACAAUGUCAAUAUUAACAGGCAUGUUCCCGCCCACAUCUGGUACUGCUACCAUAUAUGGUCAUAAUGUGAUGUCAGAUAUGGAUACUAUAAGACAGGAUCUAGGGAUGUGUCCACAAUAUAAUGUUUUGUUUGAAAGUUUGAGUGUGGAAGAACAUCUUUGGUUUUAUUCACGUUUGAAGGGUGUUCCAGCUAGAGAUAUACAAGAAAAUAUUCCAAGAAUGUUGUCAGAUCUCAGCCUAGAGAACAAAGGGGAUUCACGCCCAGAUGCACUCUCUGGUGGCAUGCAGAGGAAACUUUCUAUAGCCAUAGCAUUUGUUGGAGGAUCACGCACAGUGAUCUUGGACGAGCCUACUGCCGGUGUCGACCCCUACUCACGUAGAGCCAUCUGGAAUCUGCUCAACAAAUACAAGACAGGAAGGACAAUAAUGGUGUCCACACACCACAUGGAUGAGGCGGAGACUUUGGGAGAUAGGAUUCUAAUUAUAGCAGACGGCAAGCUGAAAUGUGCUGGUACCCCAUCUUACCUCAAGUCUAAACUAGGGGAUGGUUACCGGCUCUGCAUUUUGAAAGAUGAAGAUAUGCAUACUAAUGAAUCUACAGAGCUGAACAGGGAUAAAGAUGCACAAAUCCUUACCAUGGUAAAACAGAUAGUCCCAGCUGCGUUUAUAUCCAAGCAUGUAGACAAUGAGGUCCAUAUCACAAUCCCAGUGCAGACGGACGAACGUCACCUCUUUGUUCCAUUAUUUAGACUUCUAGAGAACAAGAAAUGUGAGCUGGGGAUAGCGAGUUAUGGUAUAUCAGACAGUGGCCUUGAACAGGUGUUUGUCAAGAUCACGAAAAGUUGCGAGGAUGGCAAAAUAGCUGGGACUGUCUACACGGAGGCGGAUGUCACUAGUAACCUGAGCUUUGAUGACCCUGGCGUUGAUAGUAGUGAUAGAGAUUAUGUCCAGUUACGGUCUGUUGAAGAUAUAGCGGAUAACAUGAACUUCCAAUCCUGGGACGUACAGAUGGAUGAAGGACAAUGUAAAUGGUUAAACCAUUUUAAAACUGUUCUGCUAAAACGUUUCUUCUAUACAUUACGGAACCGGAAAGCUUUACUGUCACAGAUAAUCUUACCCGCGGUCUUUGUGUCUAUCUCCAUGACGAUAGCAUUAACUGCACCGAAAAAUUCUGAUCCGGAGCCACUUGUUAUGUCAACUGCUCAAUACCACGAUCUCACCAAACCACGCGGGAACUUUAUUCCAUUUUCUAUUCAUACGCUUAACAAGACUUCAAAACAUUUAAAUAGUUUGUAUGUAACAAAGUUUUCGGAAAAAUUAGCCGACACAUUUUUCAUGCCCUCUGGUAUAGGUGCUUCCUGUGUUUUGAAAUCUAAUUUAUCAGGUGCUUUAUGUGAUGGGAAUAAUUUAACAAACGGUUGCUAUGACGAUGGUUGUGAUGAUAUAUUUACUUCCAACAGUGUACAGAGAAAUGGAUGGACUAGUUCAUCAGUUCAACUACCAGAAAAUGUUCAGUUUUACCCCUCUUGUCACUGUAAGUCGGACAAUGUUGGUUUUACUUGUAACGAGAGAAACACAGUCGUUCCCCCUGAAUGGAGACUGGUUACUGGGGAUAUAUUACAGAAUAUUACAAGUGGUGUAAAUGACGAGGAAAACUAUCUGUUAAAUACCAAUGAUAAAUACAGGAGGCAUAGGUAUGGAGGUUUUACAUUCGGUACCACUUUACCCUACGUGCCUGAUACCUCAGCUGGGUCACAUGACUUUACAUGGCUUUAUGACAUGUUGGCAACCAAAGUCAUCAAUAAGGUUUGGUUCAACCAGCGUGGCCAUCACUCCAUACCUGUUUAUGUGAACUCUAUGAACAAUGCUUUAUUAAGAGCCAAUCUCCAUAGCAACAGCCAACACCCUGAUCAAUAUGGUAUAACACUCACAAAUCAUCCUAUGAAGAAGACCAACAAUUUACUGAACUCAGACUAUAUUCAAGGUGGAACAGACGUUUUGAUGGCAAUAUUUAUAAUUGUAGCUAUGUCAUUUGUACCAGCAAGUUUUGUUGUGUUUCUGGUUCAUGAACGUGCAAUAAAAGCAAAACAUUUACAGUUUUCUAGUGGGCUUCACCCAGCUGUAUACUGGCUGUCUAAUUACUUAUGGGAUAUGUGCAAUUACAUGAUACCAGCUGUGUGUAUUCUGGGAAUCCUCUUGUUAUUCCACAUUGAAAGUUAUGUUGGCCAUGGAAAUAUUGAGGCUGUUAUUGCCCUUUUCUUACUGUAUGGUUGGUCAAUCACACCUAUGAUGUAUCCAGCGAGUUUUUUAUUCUCAGAGCCGAGUGUGGCGUAUAUAUGUUUGAUUGUUCUUAAUCUGUUCACUGGAAUAACCUGUGUCGUCUCGAGCGUCAUGCUAAAACAGUUUGCAUUUGAUAAGAGUUUAGCACAUGUAAAUGAUGUAUUAAGCAACAUAUUUCUGGUGUUUCCGAACUAUUGCCUAGGUAACGGAAUGAUGAAUAUUGCUAUAAAUCAGUACAAGAAUGAAUACUACUCUCAUAUAGGUGAGACAAGUAAAAUACAGGCUGCAUUAAGUUGGGAUGUUACUGGCAAGAAACUGGUUGUUAUGGCAAUUGUUGGUGCUAUAUCUUUUAUUUUUACUAUCCUUUGUGAAUAUAGAUUCUGCAUCAAAAACAGGAUAAAGGAGAAUAUUUCUAAUGGUGAAGACGUCAGUAUUGACUGUGAUGUAGCACAGGAAAGGGAGAACACUCUAAUUGGACAAUACAGUGAUACACUGUUAUCUGUGGAGAAACUUAGUAAAGUGUACAGAACGAGGAAACUUGGAAAGAUACAGGCAGUUAAAGAGCUGAGCUUUUCUAUUCCAAAAGGAGAGUGUUUUGGUCUACUUGGAGUUAAUGGUGCUGGGAAAACAACAACAUUUCGUAUGCUGACGGGAGAUCUGACACCAACAAGUGGUGAUGCUAAACUUCUCUCUCAUAGUGUUGUGAAAGGUGGACGGGGUAUCCAGCAAUGUGUAGGUUAUUGUCCCCAGUUUGAUGCUGUGUUUAGUGAACUAACACCCAGAGAACAUCUUCAGCUGUAUGCCAGACUACGAGGAAUACCUGUUAGACACCAUAAAAAAGUGGUGGAGAGAUGUUUAAAGUUGUUAGGAUUAACACAGUACAGAACUAAAUCUGCUGGAACAUUGAGUGGAGGAAACAAAAGGAAGCUAUCCACUGCCAUUGCUCUAAUUGGAAACCCUUCUCUAAUACUCAUGGAUGAGCCUACAUCUGGUAUGGACCCAUAUUCCCGAAGGUUUCUCUGGGACGUUAUACAGAGACUUGUACAAGCUGGAACAUCUGUUGUCUUUUCCUCACAUAGCAUGGAAGAAUGUGAAACCUUAUGUUCUAGAUUGUCUAUAAUGGCUAAAGGACAAUUGAAGUGUCUUGGCAGUGUCCAGCAUUUAAAGGAUAAAUAUGCAAAUGGAUAUACUGUAACUGUUGUCCUAGAAUCAGAACAGGCUGGUCAAAGUGUAGAGGACUAUAUUCUCUCAAACAUGUCUGGUUCCAAGCUCAGGUAUAAAGGGCACCGGAACCUCGUGUUUGACUUGAAGAUAACUUGUUCUGACCUAGCAGAUGUGUAUAAAGUGCUGAAAGAUAUUCCAGCCUAUCUGAGUGUUGCUGACUACACAGUAAAUCAAAACUCUCUUGAUAAUGUGUUCAUAAAUUUUGCAAUGGAAGAAAAUGAGUCUAUAAUGAAAGACACUGCAGACGACAGUGAACCACUACAGGACUCCGGUUGUAUACAUGAUGACCUUGAUGAUGAGUCAUUGAUAGAACUUCAACCUCGUCUCCAUGUGUCGUCUGGUGACAACUUGCUACAUGUUUGAAAUGUUUCACCUUUAGCUUGAUUAAAAUGUUCAUUCACUGAACAUGUUUGAUUGGAACGUUCUUUUCAUGUAACAUAUUUUAUGAUUAGAAUGAUUCUGUCAUAUAAAAUGUUUGUAAGAAUGUUAUUUUCCUAUA